UUUCCGGAGCAGAACAACGGCUGACGUUUAAAGCUUAAAUAGCGUUAUUUGUGUUUGUUUUCAUCGUAUUGAACCACGGCGUUCGAACGACAAACGUUUAAUACAACUGUAAAUAUACCGGUAGGAUUGUGGCGGAUGUCAGGACAACGUGUGUUUUAGCUCAUGGACAAAGAGAAAAGCGUCGACAUUUGCUCGUGGAUGGAGAUGCAGCAGUUCGUUGGUGACGUCAUCACAGCUGGAAACAGCAGCGGCUCUCUGAAGGAGCAGGCGGAGGUGCUGAGUGCAGCCUGGGGAUUGGCUGGAGCUGAGGGUCUGGGGUUCAAAGGUCACACACUGGAACCUCUUCAGCAACCCCGAGCAGCCCAGGAGAAGGCAGGAGGAGGACACAGGAGAGGAGGAGGUGGUGUAGACGAGCAUCAUGGCUGCACCUGCCCUGGCUGUCCUUACUCCAGCUCGCCCCCUUUAUUCGAGACGUUAAAACCCAGACAAGCUUCAUCCUCAACACUGUGUUCUGACACUGGGGGGUUUAGCCGCACAACUCCAGUGAACCUAAGCGUGUGCUUGGCAGACACCACGGAGGUGAACAGUAACGCCGCGUCCCACUUAGAGACCAGGCCAUCCAGUAGGCUGCACAGGGAGGAUGCUGAGAGGGGGACUCGGAACGCUGGACUAGCUUCACACCAGAACUCUGAAAUGCCAACAUCUAGAGCUUCAUCUGGUUUGUUGUCCCACCUCUCCCUGUUUCCCUGCUUGUGUUGCCACCGUGGCCUACAAACCUGUGCGCAGAUCCUGAGCCAGCAAGAGCGCACGGACUCACCAUUUUCUCACACGCACGCUCACCACCAUUUUCACCACCACCACUGUCCCCUUGCCUCUUGUUUGCCCUGCCCUCAGCUUGGUCACUCUGCUCCACUCUCGGGUUCGUUCCCCUGCUUUUCGUGCCAGUGUUCCUUACCUCCCUGCACUCAGAUCGGUGGCCGCCAGCACAGACAAACCCGGCAACAAGAGGAGCGGGACAGAACUGCCCCAAACCCGAUGCCUCUGCACCCUUGUAUGCACUGCCCUGCCACCUUUAACCGUCCUUCCCAGUUGCUGCAACAUCAGCGCUCUGAGCAUGCCCACAAACAGCCUGGUUUCCUCUGCACAGAGUGCGGCAGGGCCUUCAACUCGCACAGCAACCUGCGCAUCCAUCUCAACGUGCACACUGGUGCCCGGCCAUACAUCUGCUGUGACUGCGGGAAGAGUUUUAGUCAGUCGGGGGCUCUGAAGAUUCACAAACGGAUUCACACAGGUGAAAGGCCGUAUUCCUGUGGUUUCUGUGGCAGGGGGUUUCCUCAUCUAGCAGGCAUACGAGCCCAUCAGAGGAUCCACACCGGAGAAAAACCCUACUGCUGUAGCCAGUGUGGGAAAUGUUUCACCCAGUCAGGAGCUUUGAAGGUCCAUUCCCGUAUUCACACAGGAGAAAGGCCUUUUAUCUGUAGCAUCUGUGAGAAAGGCUUCUCCAAUCGCUCUGGGAUACGCUUCCAUUACCGGACAGUCCAUGGGCUGGUCCCUGAAGCCACAGGUGAAGCUGCAGCUGGGAGUCCUCCAGGACGUCCUAGGACCUUUCCUUCUACCAACCCUAGACCAAAUACACAUAACAUCCCAGAAAGCAACUCUCAUAGCACCCUGAACACAAGAGAUGCUUCUGCGGUGAUGGCACCUCAUCUGGGUUCUGACCUGCUUGGGAGAAACAGUGGUGACUCCCAGUCUGAGGGCUCAAAGACAGACAGCAACAGAGAGACGUUGAUGUAUGUGUGUGAAGACUGUGGCCUUCGGUUUAAAGACGCCCCAUCCAGGAACCAGCACCAGACUCUGGUGCACUACUCCUCUGAGCAGAUGGAGGACGAGUCGGAGGAGGAAGAACAGGGGAAAGAAUUAAUGCCGGCUGAGUUGGCUCAGGACAGCAGCAAAGGUUGAUCUAAGAGGACCAUUGGACAGGUGUGCACCAUGAUGACUGAACCAUCCCCUAUACCAGCGUAAGUUGUAUUUUAAAAACCUUGUGGUUUUGUUGUGA